UCUUUCUUUCAUUUCCACUUUCUCUUUAAUUUCUAAGGCACUGUACACUACACCCAUUUUGAUUUAAAGACUACUUAUUCCUCUCAUUGAUAUUUUUCUUUUCCUCUUAAAUGAGGACAAUCAUGGCUAAAACUCCUCAUGACUCUUCCUUCUCAUUCUCUAGAAGAAACUUUCAUUGGGGAAAGAAAACGCCUGAAGAUGAUGAAGAUGAGGAUGAUCAUGCUGAUAAAGAAAGUGAAAUUCUAACCAGUUCUUUCUCUGCUUCCUUGAAGCUAAGUGAUCAUGUCGACCAUGAAGCAGAGAAGAAGAAAAAGACCAAGUUAGGUCAUGAAAGUAAGAAUCCAUCGGUUAGUUUGCAAAACCAGCAGAAGAAAAAACCUCAAGUUGUAGCAGUCUCGACACUAAGAACUGUCGUUCUUACAGUAUUCAGUAAACAUAGAAGGUUACAAUAUCUUUCGGGUCUUGGUACUCGGGUUGUUGGUACAUUAUUCGGGUACAGACGUGGCCACGUUCAUUUUGCAUUUCAAGAUGACAGUAAAUCGAAUCCAGCGUUUUUAAUUGAGUUAGCAACACCAACAAGUGGUUUAGUAAGAGAAAUGGCUUCUGGGUUGGUAAGAAUUGCUCUAGAAUGUGAUAAAAACAAAGCUGAGAAUAAGAAAGGAAUGAAAUUGUUAGAAGAACGGCUUUGGAGAACCUAUUGCAAUGGUAAGAAAUGUGGGUUUGCUAUGAGAAGGGAAUGUGGACCUGAAGAAUUGAAAGUACUCAAGGCUGUCGAACCAAUUUCCACAGGUGCUGGGGUUUUGCCGGGGUCUGCAUCCGGGUCAGAAGGUGAGUUAAUGUAUAUGAGGGCUAAAUUCGAAAGAGUUGUUGGUUCUAGAGAUUCUGAAGCUUUUUAUAUGAUGAACCCUGAUGGAAAUGGAGGUCCUGAACUAAGUCUUUAUUUGCUUAGAGUUUAAGACUUUUAGAGUGAUACAGAGUUCAUCUUCAAGAAGCCUAACAGCUCUUUCAUGGUAUUGGUGGUUACACUUCUUCUGCAAUGGAAAUGGAACCUGCGGUACUACAUUAAAUUUCUCUGUAUUUUUUUAAGCUGGGUUUUUUGGGAAAUGGGUUGGUGAGUUAAGGUGAUUUUGUUAAUUCUUAGGUAAUGUAUGGUAAUCGGUGCAUAAUAGCAUCAUGAUGACAAAUGAUGAUGAUGAUAAGUCGGGGUAUAGUAUUCUACUUAUAUAUGUAUGUUGUAUAGUCUUAGGUAAGAAAAAGAAAGCGAAUUUCAAUCA